AUGUUCAACUUCACCAAGUCAAGAGCUCGGUCUAACAGACCCAGUUCUUUAGGAGGCAUGGAUUUUGUGGAUCCAGUGAAGAAAAGUGGUCUUGUAAGAAAGAUUAUAUUUGCUACAAGUCUUGUAGCUUUAUGCAUCACAAUAAUCAAGUUUUCCCCAUCUCUCAGCAGCCCUAGCCCAUUCUCUAGUCAUGAAGCAGGGAUUACUCACGUGUUAGUAACAGGAGGUGCUGGUUAUAUUGGUUCACAUGCUGCACUACGCCUUCUAAAAGAUUCUCAUCGUGUCACUAUAGUGGACAAUCUUUCGCGUGGAAACCUAGGAGCAAUCAAAGUUCUACAAAACCUGUUUCCGGAACCUGGAAGACUUCAAUUCAUUUAUGCUGACUUGGGGGAUCCAAAAGCUGUAAACAAAAUCUUCUCAGAAAAUGCAUUUGAUGCAGUUAUGCACUUUGCAGCGGUUGCAUAUGUUGGGGAGAGUACCCUUGAUCCCCUAAAGUAUUAUCACAACAUUACAUCAAAUACCCUUUUGGUAUUGGAGGCUAUGGCAGCACAUAAUGUGAAUACUUUGAUAUACUCUAGUACAUGUGCAACAUACGGGGAACCUGAUAAGAUGCCCAUUACAGAAGAAACCCCUCAGCACCCGAUUAACCCUUAUGGAACAGCCAAGAAAAUGGCGGAAGAUAUCAUCCUUGAUUUCCAUAAAAACUCUGACAUGGCAGUCAUGAUUCUAAGAUACUUCAAUGUGAUUGGAUCUGAUCCAGAGGGAAGAUUAGGAGAAGCGCCAAAACCAGAGUUACGUGAACAUGGAAGAAUAUCGGCCGCAUGCUUUGAUGCAGCACGUGGAAUUACCGAUGGCCUCAAGGUUCGAGGAACCGAUUACAAAACAGCAGAUGGGACAUGUAUACGCGACUACAUUGAUGUGACCGAUUUAGUUGAUGCUCAUGUAAAAGCACUUGCGAAAGCACAACCAGGGGAAGUUGGAAUCUACAAUGUUGGAACAGGUCAUGGUAGAUCUGUUAAGGAGUUUGUUGAAGCUUGUAAAAGGGCAACUGGUGUAUCGGUCAAAGUUGACUAUUUGCCACGUCGUCCUGGUGACUAUGCGGAAGUGUUUAGUGACCCUUCAAAGAUACUCCGGGAGCUUAAUUGGACUGCAAAAUGUCGCCAAAGGGUUGAAGGUUUAGGAGAGCAACCCAUUAGUCAUAUGGAUUUAUUUGAGAGUGGUUAG